ACUGUUGCCAUCGCACCAAGCGUUCCCGUUCAACAUUCUCCAAACACACUCGCUUUUGUUUGAUUGUUCAUUAAUUCGUACACUCGCUCACGCUCUAAUCAAUUACUAAUUCGCAACGCCUUUCGACGUUUCAUCUCUCAAUUCAAUCGCCGUUAAUUUCAGCACCAUCAACAAAGUCAACAUGAAGUACUCCGUUGCCAUUCUUGCUUUCGCCGCUGGCGUCCUCGCCUUGCCCCAGGAGUCUGCCUCCAUCACUUCGGCUCCUGUCGCGUCUGCCAGCCUUACGCCGGCUGUCAGCUGUGUCCUCGACUGCACACCGGGCGAUGUUACUUGCCAGGCUGCGUGCAUGGGUAACGCUCGCCCCAACUCUCAGCAGGUCGUGGACACCAACAAGUGCGCUGCCGCCUGUGACCAGGGAAGCGGUUCCAAGGAGGACACUGAGGCAUACGCCAAGUGCCAGCAGGAUUGCUUCGCCAGCCUCUUCCCCAGCUCCCAGACCAACUUCCAGGGCGCUGCAGGUGGUGUUUCUUCCGCCGCUUCUGCUGCUGCAUCUGCAGUGACCAGCGCUGUCGCUAGCGCUACCAACGCCGCUGGAAGCGCCCUCUCUUCUGUCGCCUCCUCUGCCCGCUCUGGUGCCGAAUCUGCCACCAGCUCUGGCGCUGCCACUGGAUCCGAGACUGGAUCUGGUGCUCAGUCCACUGCGUCCCCUGGAGCUGCUAGCGCCAACUCUGUGAAGAUCGCCGGUGCUGGUCUUGCCGGUCUCUUGGCCAUCUUCGCCUUGUAGAAGGUGCAAUACAGCUGCAGCUGGGAGCCCAGCAUCGCCAGGGGAGGGUUUGGUCCAAGACCCCAUGCCGCGCGCCCAACAAGAGGACACGGUGCCGCGUCCCGCGUCCGGGGUGGAAUGAUGGACUGAUGUCUGGGGUUAAAUCAACAUGCGUAACAGCCAAUGAAGGAAGUAUCCCUGGAAUGGUGUGGGAAUGUGAGCGUGUGUAGCCGUAGAUACGCUCAAUAGCAACGCGCAUCUUCAGUUCGAAUCGAGCUUCCUUGCAUGAUGAUCACGUGCAUAAGAUCAGUGACCUGUUCCGUUGCGGCUUAAGAGCCUUGGCUGUUUCAAGUAGAGUACUAAAGGGGAGUCGGUCGUCAGAUGCCCCAGUGCAGUGGUGAAUUCGGGGGAUUGCCAAUGAUUAACGCCGCACUGAAGAUGGGUUGAAAUGCGUUGGAUGUUGGCAACCACUAAGCGUCCGCAAAACCCACUAUCGAUACUCUGUC